UUUGACAAGUAGUAGCAGAGUAGGUACUGGGCCAAUUCUCAUUUGCCCUUUCACGCAGGCUGUUUUCAGUCUUCAUCCCCUCCCUUCCCUGCUUUGCUUUUAACGGAAUCAACAUCUAACCCUGCCAUUGUAUGAGAAAAUUUUAAAAUUGCGGGUCUAGAGGAUGGCCGCAAAGGAUGCUUGCUUGGCUGUAGAAAAUGUUCAACAACAGCUGGAGCAAGCACCAGCUUUAGUUCAAGAGACACAUAAAAUGAAACCUCUCAGAACAGGGCUUAGAACUAUGAGCUUGUUACUCAAAGAGUUAGAUGGGGAAGAGUAUGAGCCAGAUGUCGCUGAAUGGUUACAGAGAGUCAGAGAUGUUGCUUACAAGGCACAGGACGUGGUUGGUUCCAUUGUCGUAGAGGCUAAUCAUCAAAACCAGAGGAGCAAGCUAAGAAGGUGGCUCUCUAGAGAAAGGGCAACUAAAAAUCAUGCGGGAGAGAUAGAUAACAUAGGGAAGCGCAUCGAAGAAAUUUGUUCCUUCAAGGUUGGAGGCUCUAAAAAAGAGUUCAACUACAGCCCCAGCUUCAAGAUCGAAGAUAUAGUGGGAUUCGAAGAUGCUAAAGAGAAGUUGGUGACGAAACUUAUUGGUGAUGCUGGUUCCGGCCGCCGCAAGGUAAUGUUGAUCUUUGGAGAGGCAGGUGCUGGCAAAACUACUUUGGCCAGAAUGGUCUUUAGUGAUCAUCGCAUCGAGGAACAUUUUCGCUGCCGAGAGUGGUUCUCACAAGCACUCUCACCUGAAGAAAUUUUAUGCAGACUCUUGAAACACAACAGCUCACCAGAAAAGCAAACCGAUUGCCUUCUUACGGGUGAGUUAAAGGCAGAAAACAUAAAACAGAAUAGGUAUCUCAUAAUCAUUGAUAAUGUGCCUAACAUUGACGUAUUGGAUGAGCUUAUGUCCUCAUUACCUGAUGAGUUAAAUGGAAGUCGAAUAUUGCUAGCAAGUAGAGCAGAUUUAAAUGUUCAACAGAGUGUUUCAUUUUCCUAUAAAAUUAAACCACUCGAUGUAGACCACAGCUGGAAGCUCUUGUCAAAGAAGGUACUUGACGGGGAAAAUCAUCAAGACCUAGAAAAACUGGGUAUAAGAAUGGCAGAAAAAUGCAAAGGCUUACCCAGGGCCAUUGUAGCUAUGGCAGCAUUGUUGAAUCACGUAGACAAAUCAGUAGAAAUGUGGUCCGAAUUUCUCAAAUUUGAUGAUCCUAUUCCAGAGUAUGAUGAGCUUCCUAGAGAACUAAAACUAUGCUUGUUAUACUUUGGUCAUUUCCCUGCAAUUUUACCUAUACCUGCUAAGCAAAUGGUCCAGAUGUGGAUGGCUGAAGGGCUUGUGAAGCAAAAUGGCAGCAUGCGAGCAGAAGAACUUGGAGAGCAUUACAUGAAGAAACUCAAAAACCAGUCUUUCAUCAAAGAAGGCACAAAAAGGAGUGAUGGAAGUGUGAAGACAUUCUAUAUUUUCAAUUACAUCUCCAGACUUUGCGUGUCUAAAGGUGAAACUGAGAAGUUUUUCAAGGUUUACAUGGGCAACAACAACAAACCUCAAAAAAACAUAAAAAGGAUGGCAAUUCAUAGUAACUUAUUAGCAGAUUUGAAAAGUUUUGGGGACUGCUCUCAUGCUCACUCUCUUCAUGGCUUUAGAGAAAAGACUGAAAACACUACCAUUAUCCAAUCAGUAGACGACUUCUGGGAAACUUUAGUCAAUAAUUUUCGCAAUCUCCGUGUAUUAAACUUGGGCUUUCUAGAGUUAGAUAAGCAUAAGGUUCCCAAAGAGCUCGGAAAGCUAGUACAUUUGAAGUACUUAAGGUUGAGGGCUCCCACUGUGAAACAACUGCCAUCUUCUAUUGUCAACCUCCAGCAGUUAGAGACAUUAGACAUGAGAGAAUCCGAAUAUCUCGUCAGCUUACCGCAGGGAAUAUGGAAGAUGAAGUACCUCAGAAAUCUCUACCUCGGGGGCUCUGCUAUCCUACCAAAACCUCUUAGGAUCGAUUACUAUAAAUCCCUUCCAGACCUCCAGACUCUCUCUGGUGUAUGUCCAGACAAGGUUUUGAAGAAGCUAAUGGUCAGGGCCAAGUUCCCUAGUGUUAAGAAAUUGAGAAUAUGCAGUUCCGAUCUAGACCUCACAUGUAAUUUUCUCAAUAGUCUCGACCAUUUAUACCAUCUACAAUCUCUAAGGAUAGAAAAACCCACCAAACUCCCAGACCUAGAUGCAUUCCCCUUAAGCCUGACCAAGCUAACCCUCUUAAAAACAAAACUCCCAUCAGAAAGUAUCAAGACAUUAGAGAAAAUCCCAAGUCUAAGAAUCCUUAAAUUGCUUGAAGAGGCUAUUUGCGGAGAAGAAGUCAAGUGCAGUGCAGGAGGAUUUCUGAGACUUGAAUUCCUUACCAUAGAAAAUUUGGCUGUGAAGAUGUGGAUACAGGAAGGGGCAAUGCGAUAUGUCAAGUGUUUCUUCGUCAAAGAAAGUACACUUAAUUGGGAGACUAUUCCAGAUUAUCUGAGAAAGAAGGUUGAAUGCAGAAAUUAAACGGAAGGAAGAUCAAUGAUUCGAUAAGGCUGCAAGAAUAUGCAGGGGAGUUUGUUUCUACUGUUUCUGGACAUGGAGAGGGGAGAUCAGUUUGCAGCAAUGUUGAAAAUGAGGCAGACUUUGGUGGAGCUUCUAUUCCCUAUAUGCACAUGAAGAUAACUUCUCACUUCAAUUCUGUUGGUGAUUGUUGCUUUGAUUAUGAUCCUUUGGCCACUUUGAACUCGACUCGAGAUCGUAAAAUAAGCCUGCUUGAGUUUUCUACUUCCAUUUUGUUGCUUAUUCAAGGACAUUAUUGUACUUUUUUCUGUUUUUUUAAUUUGUUCUCUUUCCUGAGCUUUUGGUCUUCCCCUGAGAUCGGGAGGUGUUAGGUACCUUUCUUCCCAAAAAUAAUAAAAGAAAAAAAAAAGAAUUUGAAUUUUCCAGAUUACUUAUA